GCUUCCGGCGCGGCGACGCCUGAUAGCGUCACUUCCUCUCCGGGCGAGGAUUGGCUGAGGCUGCAGAACGUGAACGUUGGCGCCGGGUUCUAUCUCGGAGUGGCGGCCGGGGUUGUUUUUGCCGGUCAGGUGGCUGUUCAACUGUCCUACGAUGGCUGCGAUCAAGGCGGUAAACGCCAAGGCUGAGGUGGCGCGGGCUCAGGCAGCCUUGGCAGUAAAUAUUUGCGCCGCCCGAGGGCUGCAGGACGUGCUGCGGACCAACUUGGGUCCCAAGGGCACCAUUAAAAUGCUUGUUUCUGGUGCAGGUGACAUCAAACUCACCAAAGAUGGCAAUGUGCUGCUUCACGAGAUGCAAAUCCAACACCCAACAGCUUCGCUGAUCGCGAAAGCGGCCACGGCCCAGGACGAUGUCACGGGAGACGGCACCACUUCCAACGUCUUGCUCAUCGGGGAGCUGCUGAAGCAGGCCGAUCUGUACAUCUCUGAGGGCCUGCACCCUAGAAUAAUAGCGGAAGGAUUUGAAGCCGCAAAGAAAAAAGCACUUGAAGUUUUGGAAGAAAUUAAAAUGAAAAAAGAGAUGAAAAGAGACUUCCUCUUAGAUGUGGCUCGAACAUCUCUGCAAACUAAAGUUCACGCCAAACUGGCUGAUGUAUUGACAGAGGCCGUGGUGGACUCUGUGUUGGCUGUUAGAAGACCGGGGCACCCUAUUGACCUCUUCAUGGUGGAGAUCAUGGAGAUGAAGCACAAAUCAGAAACGGAUACAAAGUUGAUAAGAGGAUUAGUUUUGGAUCAUGGUGCCCGUCAUCCAGAAAUGAAGAAGCGAGUAGAAGAUGCAUUUAUCCUUACUUGCAAUGUAUCACUAGAAUAUGAAAAAACAGAGGUAAGCUCUGGUUUCUUUUAUAAGACUGCAGAAGAAAAAGAGACCUUGGUAAGAGCUGAAAGAAAAUUUAUUGAUGAUAAAGUACAAAAGAUAAUAGACCUGAAAGGCAAAGUCUGUACUCAGUCCAACAGAGGAUUUGUUGUCAUUAAUCAAAAGGGGAUCGAUCCGUUUUCCUUGGAUACGCUUGCACGACACGGCAUAGUAGCUCUUCGCAGAGCAAAACGAAGGAAUAUGGAAAGACUCUCUCUUGCCUGCGGUGGGAUAGCUGUGAAUUCCCUGGAAGACCUGAGCAUAGAUUGCUUGGGCCACGCUGGGCUUGUGUAUGAACACGCAUUAGGUGAAGAGAAGUUCACUUUUAUUGAGGACUGUGUCAACCCUCGCUCUGUCACCUUGUUGGUUAAGGGACCAAACAAGCACACUCUGACACAGAUCAAAGACGCUGUGAGGGAUGGGCUUCGUGCCGUCAAAAACGCCAUCGAGGACGGUUGUGUGCUUCCAGGAGCGGGUGCAGUCGAAGUGGCCAUAGCUGAAGCCCUCAGUGCGUACAAGCACAGUGUGAGAGGAAGAGCUCGUCUCGGAGUCCAAGCUUUCGCUGAUGCCUUACUCAUUAUUCCUAAGGUUCUUGCUCAGAAUUCUGGUUAUGACCUGCAGGAAACACUAGUGAAAAUUCAGUCUGAGCAUUUGGAAUCAAAACAACCCAUUGGCAUCAACUUGAAUACAGGUGAGCCAAUGGUAGCCGCAGAUGCAGGAGUUUGGGAUAAUUAUUGUGUGAAAAAACAACUACUUCACUCUUGCACGGUGAUUGCCGCGAACAUCCUCCUGGUCGACGAAAUCAUGCGGGCUGGUAUGUCUUCUCUCAAAGGGUGACUGAGUUCAAAAUCACCUCUUCUAGAAGCUGAAAUUCAGCACAUCUUAUAUCCAACUAUCAUUAUACAGCCUCAGCUGUUCUUAAUGUUUCACAAUAAAUGCGGUUCAUAUUUGUUGGUC